CCUCAGUUGCUUGCCAAUGGACAAGUUGCUCCUCCCUCAGCUUACCAAUCUUAAUAUCCGUCAUUGCCAGAAACUGAACCUUACUCCGGAGAUUGUCAUAGAGGACACCAGCACAUCGAUUGAGAGACUGCAAAUCGAUGGCUGCCCAUGUCUGAAUUUGAGAACAAUGCUCGGUUCAGUCUACAGUUUUGCAAGUCUCCGGUCUUUGCAUAUUAGCGAUUGUGAUUAUCAUCUGGAUCAAUUGCCCACUCCCAGUUUGGAAUUUCUUCACUUGUGCAGAUGCAAAAAUAUUAGUUACUUGCCCAGUGGGUUGGGAAGACUAAGAUCUCUGGUGUUGUCUUCUUGUUCAAGUCCUUUGUUAUUUCCACAAGGAGAUUUUCCUCCCACUCUGAAGUUUCUUGACAUGGAGGCAGGAGAAAACUUACAGCUGAAGCCCCUGUCAGAAUGGGGACUCAACAGACUCACGUCUCUUGAAAAUUUCGGCAUCUAUGGUGGAUAUCCAGAGCUGGAGUCAUUUUCUGGUAGUGGUGAUGAUGGAUUGGCUUUGCUUCCUCCAACUCUUAGGUACGUGUGGAUUGGUGACUUGCCAAAUCUGAAAUUGCUCUCCGCGUUCUUGCGAGGUCUUACAGCUCUUCGAUAUCUGCGCAUCUUUGAGUGCCCCAAGCUUGGAUCCCUACCAAAGGAAUCGCUGCGUAAUCCGCUUCGAACUCUCCAAAUUGAUAAAUGCCCACUUCUUGAGAAAAGGUGUUUGAUGGAUAGAGGAGACUACUGGCCCAUGAUUGAAGACAUUCCCUGUGUGGAAAUACGCAGUGAUGGCAUCAGGCAAAAUAUUUGUUGGCACGUAGGCUCAACUCGCUUGGCAAGCCUAUGCGCCUAGACUGCAGAUUGUAGAGGAAACUAAUCAUGGGAUCUCAUUCUACCCAUCCUUUUUUUUUUUUUUUUUGAUAAGCUCAUUCUGCCCGUCUUGUUCUUGUGUUUUACUAAGUCCCUACAGUUCCUGCCUUGAUGAUAGUGUAAGUCCCUUUGUUGGGUCUUAUUCAGAAUUGUAGAGAUUGUAGAAUAUAAUAUGUAGAUAACUACUUGUUCAAUUUCAAAGUUCCCGCAGCCUUUGCGGUCACAAUACUAAUUUUCUAAAAACUCUAUUAACUUGGGUAAA